UGGCCGCGGCAAUUCACGCAACGCUUAGCCUUCCAGCACGCGUCUUUUGACAGCGAGGCCAAGGUUUACGGGGAGGCAGCUCGUCGAGCAGGGCUCGCAGAGGUGGUCCCGUUCAGAGCAGAUUUGAAGUUGCAGAGGGCCUGGAUCGCGCGGCGCGUUGUGGCCCGUAUGUUCGAGCACGGGAACGGCCAGGGGGAGCUGAAUUUGUUGAAGACGUCGCCGGACUUGAUAAAAACCAUUUGGUCAUGGUACCCAGAGCACAUGUUCAGCCGACGAGUGCAGGGGCUCACGGACAGCGGGCGCUCCAUCAACACGAUCGUCAUAGAUGGGAAUGCGAAACUGGCCCGCCGGAUCUGCGGGCGAGCUGUUGCCGAACUGAUGCACUCCCCCUCCUUGGAGAGGUACACUGCCACGCAGUGCUCUUGCAAACCGGGAUUCAAGCUGAAGCGUUGCAGCAAGCACUUGGCUCGCGCCCUGACUGAGGAUGACGGCCCGCCGCAAAGUGAAAUCAUAGUUUCGCACAAGCGCCGGCGCGUGCUGGAAACGGCCCCCAGGGCUGAACCGUGCGACGUGUGCCUCGUGGCGCGGGACCAGAAAGAUAUCCCAGGAGCGCCGAGGCGCUGGGCCGCCGCGUGCCAGGUCACCCAGGGCCAACUGCAAGAGUACUGGGGCAAUGCUGGACACCAGGCGUACAUCCCGGCGACGUCACCCGACGCGGACUUGCAGUCCGCGUCGUGCAGGACCCACAAAGAGGCGCAACUGGGCAGGGCCAGCCGCGGUUCGACCCCGAGCCAGUUCAGCAGAAAAUGCGGCUGGCUUUACGCCUGCACUCCAGAAGGCUACAUCGUGCAUCUGAAGGAGUACGUGGGCGCAGAGAGUCUGCCGCAGCGCUACUUCUUCUUGGCGGAGGUCGUGGAGAAGGCCCCUGCAGUCGACGUUGUCCGCCACGACGAUGCUUGCCAUUUGCGGCGGUACGCUUCGAAGCGCGAGGGCGACGGCGCCUUCGCGCGCAGGCUCGCGCACCCCAACAUCAAGUACAUCACCGACGGACUGCGCGACAGAAACCACGUGGACCCCUGGUGCCUAGCAAAUUGUUCACCUAGGGCAGACUGCAACAAGGAGCUCGUGAAGAACAACAGCCAGAUCUGCGAGCAGCUGUUCUCGUCUCUGGGGCGCCACAAAUAUUCUGUGCGCCGCAUGGGGCAGUUUACCUCGGCCUUCUUGCUAACGGAACUGGCCGAAGUGAAAAAUGAGGCCUGGCCUGGCCGAGCAGGCGCGCGCGGCCCGCGCGGCCGCGAGCGCGGGGCAGCCGCGGAGCGAGUGAGCGAGGCCGCCCGGGCCCGCGCGCCGAUUGCCCGCUGCUUAGGCACCGCGCCCGCCAUGUCCGAUGAGAUGCGCGCAGUGUGGGACAUCGUCGACAAGGAGUACGACUCCAGGGUCGCCUUGGGCCACAAGGCAUCGCAAGCGAUUCUCACUCUAGCCACCCGGGCGUCACAUCACGAGUUCCCGUUCGGAAUGGGAAUCCUCGCCCACCUGUGUGCUUGCACCAACGGUGCACUGACCAACAUAUUCCCUGGUGACCCAAGCCCGGUAGUCUUGCCGGUCGUCAACAUCAAUUACCCGCAGACUCGGAAGAGCUUCACGCACCGGGCGGGCAUCGUCGUGGGGCGCGCAAUUGACGACCACGUGCUGGCGACUGCGAGCGCCUUGGCCACGGGGGCAGUUCCUGGCGCGGAGCUCAGCGACAACGUCGGGGCGUACGGGAGGGCGGGGUUUGCCCCUUCGGUGAGAGUGGAAUCGUCCAUGCUCACGAGUUUCACGGAGGCGGCGUUCUUCUUGCGAUGCGCCGGGGACUGGGGCCAAGUGGCCCCGAGCGAGUCGCACGACUUGUCGGGGCGCGUGUACUACGGGACAUUGAUCAACCUAGACGAGGCGCACCGCUUCCUCAAGAUGGUCGGCCUCAUCCCCGCGCAGAACACAAAGGGCGGGCAGCGUGCGAAUGGCGGCGACGCCUGGGGCAUGCCGGCCGACGCGGCAUCGGAGUUCAAUAAGUUGAUGCAAACAGGCCACACGGCAAUGACUACAAAGACAGCGGGUGCGUUCGGUCAAGGAAGCGCCCCAACGGUCUCGAUUGGCAUCAGUGGCAAUGGGCACCCUUCCGUCGUUGUGCCGAUGCUGCGAGGCUCCCCCGGCACUGACGCAGUGGCCACGUCGUGCCGCUUGCUGUUCGCGUCGGGUCGCCCUGUGGAGCCUCACUCGCCGCCCCCCGUGCAGCUCGAGGUCCCGCAGGGGUUCAAACGUUGGCAGUGGCCGAAGCUAUUGGAAUGCAUGGUAUCUCCGCUGGGCCUGCCGAGCGAGGCGACUAACCACGUGCUUGCUCGGGGCGCGUUCCGCCCGGCGCCCGCGCACGAGACCCAGGCGACCCAGGAGGAGUCUGACGCAGAGGAAGACCACGUCACGUUCGAGCCAGGCCCCCGUGGAUACUCUUUGCGUCUCGUGGACGGCACGAUCACGAGGCUCCGCUUCAGGAGCCGCGGCGGCGUGUUCGAGCCGGAGCUGCGCGCGACGAACCGCGACAUCCCCGUGACGCAGGGCUUGGACGUGAAGAGCAUGGCCAACCGCGUGCUCGAACACUUCAAGGUGAGCCACACGGUAGUGCCUUGGUCAGAGGAGGCCCGGUUGACCUUCAAGGGCUUCCAGAUGGUGUUCGACGCGCAGUGCGCGCUCAUGCGGGAUCAGGGCAAUGAGACUCGCGCGGCCUUGUUGGGAUCCAGCCCUUGGAUGCUCGGCAUGAUCUCGGUGGCGCUGCUCAUUCUGGAGAUCGCGGUUGGCGAGGCGCCGAUGGGUGGAGAGGCCGAGGUGAUGGAGCAUCACGUCGCCCGGGCGUGGGACAUCCUAGAGGGCGACCGCGAGUUCGAGGGGCUGGGCGAUCAAGCCAGCCACGGCGGCGCGUCGGCCGCGGAGGAGGAGGGGCCGCCGCUGGCGAGCGUGGCCAACGACGGCGCGGGAGACGCCGCAAAGGCGCCGGCGGCGGCGGCUGCGGCCGAGGGGGGCGGCGCGGACGCAGACGCCCAUUUCCUGAUGCCAGGCGACCCGGAGGUCCCCUCCAUGGAUGAGGGGUACGGCGAGGACGGCGCCUCGGUGCAGAUGCAGGAGCACGGCGACGUGUUCCUCACCGACAGGGAGAUUAUGAAGAGAACAAUUUUGCGAGGAGAACCCAUUGUCUUCUGUUCGGAUGUGUGCGGCUCCAUCCGGAAGACCCUGCCGAGCCAGGAGCCAGGCGUCCGCGGGAGAACAGUCGCCCUCCGGCAGCACCAUUGGAAGGCGGUCAUGCAGGCGGGGCUCAGCCAGUAUCACAUUGGCGCGUACGACGACGGCUCGAGCGCGGAGGACCAGCCGGGCGUCCCGCGGAUCCACUUGAAGCUGCCGCCGACCGACCGCCGCGACCUCCACCUGCCAUUCCACAACCGCCUGAUGAAGCUGUGCGGCGUUUCCUUGCAGGCGUACACGAGUGCGAUUGGGGCAAAGGAGACCAGGAAGAGGAGAGCUCCGCCUGCCUCCGCCAGCGCUCCGCGAGCCGCGCGGCAGCGGGGGGCUGCGGUGCCCGGCGGGCAGGCGGGGGCCCCGCGCGGCCCGGGCGCGACGGCGGCGGCGGGCGGAGUAGCAGGAGGAAUUGCCGGCGGCGCGGGAGGAGCCGACGCAGCGGCGACGGCCAGCGGCGCAGCGCCGACGCCCGCCGGCGCGGCAGGCCGCGGCGCGGCACCGGCGCGGGCGCGCCCCAGCCGCGCCCCGGGAGAGUGGUAG